CACUCAGCACUGCUGUUGCUUCAGCUACUGGUACAAUGUAACAGAACCGUGAACGGAGACGCGAGCUGAGAAAGUCACUGAUCCCGAUGAGUCGAUCAAAAGAGUGGGGAAUGCGUUAUUAUUUCCCCGAGAAAUCUCUUCAAAAGCCCUAGUGGUCCGCUCACUGGAUUGUUACGUGUCGUCGCUUAUUGGUCUUACAGAAUUGGGUUUAUGUGUGGAUUAUUUGAACCCGGAGGCCCCGUUGAGUUGAAUGUGUGUGCUGGGCUGUAGUGGGUCGGUAUGAGGUUGCUGCUGGUCUGAGCGGGGGACUCCGCUCCUUUGCCUCGGGUCUCUUUCGAAAUAAGAUUCACUUAUAAAACUGGACACCCCUGGAGCAGUUUAUGACGACCCUGGUUGGACCGUAAUGACCGCACGCUUCCGGUUGCCCGCAGGCAGAUCCUACAAUGUCCGGGCGACGGAGCUGGCACGCGACCGGCAGCGUACCGAAGUGGUCUGCGACGUUCUUCUUUUGGACAACACUGUCCAGCCUUUUAAAGUCAAUAAGCACGAUCAAGGACAGAUCCUUCUGGACGCUGUCUUUAAGCACCUGGAACUGACCGAGAGAGACUAUUUUGGUUUACACCUGGCCGAUGAUUCCUCUGACAGCCCGAGGUGGCUGGAUCCAACUAAACCCAUAAGGAAGCAAUUAAAACGGGGCUCCCCGCAUCACUUGAACUUCCGGGUGAAAUUUUAUGUGAGUGACCCCAACAAACUUCAGGAAGAAUACACACGGUACCUAUAUUUUCUGCAGAUUAAGCAGGACAUACUCAGUGGAAUACUGCCCUGUCCGCACAAUACUGCCGCACUCCUGGCAUCGUACGCUGUUCAGUCUGAGGCGGGCGAUUACAGUGAAGCAGAUAAUUCGUUGGGAUACCUUUCGGAAUUUUGCUUCAUCCCCAACCAGCCUCAGGGUUUCGAAAAAGACGUCACCAAACAUCACCAGCAACACAGUGGUCUUACACCAGCACAGUCUGAAUUCAACUACCUGAACACUGCACGGGCGCUGGACCUCUAUGGAGUGGAGCUGCACUAUGCAAGGGAUCAAAGCAACACAGAGAUUUUCAUAGGGUUGAUCUCAACUGGCAUAGCCAUCUACAAGAACAGGGUACGAAUCAACUACUUUCCAUGGUUGAAGAUUGUGAAAAUAUCUUUUAAAUGCAAACAGUUCUUCAUCCAGUUGAGAAAAGAGGGGAAUGACACGAGAGAUACUAUGCUGGGUUUCAACAUGAUGAACUACAGAGCCUGUAAGAACCUCUGGAAGGCAUGCGUUGAACAUCAUACCUUUUUUCGGCUUGACCAUCCUGUUCCCCCGCAGAAGAACUUCUUCUCCCACUACUUUGGAUUAGGCUCCAAAUUCCAUUACUGUGGGAGGACGGAAGCACAAUCUGUUCAGUACGGGAAAGAAAAGGGAGUCAAAGACAGAGUGUUUACAAGGUCUCCCAGCAAGCCUCUGGGCAGGACGUUGAUGGGUCUGACAGACUGGGAAGCAGUGAGCAGGACCUCACUGUCUGAAGAAAGGCUGGAGACCCGCAGUUUGCCCACCCGCUCACCCCCCGGGACGCCCAACCAUAGAAACUGCUUGUUUGUACAAGAGUGUCCCCGGCUCCGGCCUUCCUCCAUGGGUCACCUGGUGGAUCAUGUCAUCCAUGCCUCUCCCAGCCUCCCGGUGUUUUCCAAUCACAAAUCGGCCUUGUCUACGCAAGCCAACAGUAUCAGUCUAGAGUCAACGCCGUCUCCAGAAGGUGUUGAAGGCCCGCCACCCGCCCUCCCUCCCAAACAGUCCCGGAAGAACCUGAGCCAACUUAUACUGUCCCACUCACAACAGGACUUAGACAACCACAUCAACGAAAUGUAUGAUGUCCCCAUAGCAAUAGACAAGACUACGCCCAAUGGAGUCAUUCCUCAUGACAAUCUUGUCCUGAUCAAGAUGAAACCAGAUGAGAAUGGAAGAUUUGGGUUUAAUGUGAAGGGUGGCUCUGACCAAAAGAUGCCCAUUAUUGUGUCUCGGGUCGCACCUGGAACAUCGGCUGAUUUGUGUGUGCCUCGUCUAAAUGAGGGCGAUCAGAUCGUUCUGAUCAACGGUAGAGAUAUUUCAGAGCACACGCAUGAUCAGGUGGUCAUGUUUAUUAAGGCCAGCUGUGAGAGCCACUCAGUGGAGCUCAUGCUGUUGGUGCGGCCCAAUGCUAUCUAUGAUGUUGUCGAGGAGAAAAUGGAGUCUGAGCCUGAUUUUCAGUACAUCCCAGAGAAAUCUCCCAUAGAUGCCUCUCAGCUGGACCAGGAUGCUUGGAAGGAGUCUAUGCUGCAGCUGAAAGAGGGUCUUAACAGUGCCACUUUACUGGCCCAUUUUGAUCAACUGUACCGGAAAAGGCCCGGAAUGACAAUGUCCUGUGCCAAAUUACCUCAGAAUAUUUCCAAAAACCGCUACAGAGACAUCUCACCCUAUGAUGCAACCCGAGUCAUCCUGAAUGGCACAGAUGACUAUAUCAAUGCAAAUUACAUCAAUAUGGAAAUCCCUGCCUCAAGUCUCAUAAACCGCUAUAUAGCCUGUCAGGGGCCGCUGCCCAACACGUGCCCUGACUUCUGGCAGAUGACGUGGGAGCAGGGAUCUUCGAUGGUAGUCAUGCUCACCACUCAAGUUGAGCGAGGACGUGUGAAGUGCCAUCAGUACUGGCCAAACCCCUCAGGUAGUGCUACAUACGGAGACUUUCAGGUUUCCUGCAAAACGGAGGAGGGAAACUUGGCUUUCUUGGUUCGAGAGAUGACUCUUUCUCAUAUUGAGAGUGGGGAGGAGAGGGAGUUGACCCAGAUCCAAUACCUGGCAUGGCCAGAUCACGGUGUACCAGACGACUCAACCGAUUUCCUGGAUUUUGUGGCUCUGGUUCGGAGUAAACGAGCUGGAAAGGAUGAGCCUGUUGUGGUCCACUGCAGUGCUGGGAUAGGCAGGACGGGAGUUCUCAUCACCAUGGAAACGGCCAUGUGUCUGAUGGAAUGUAGUCAGCCUGUGAAUCCGCUGGACAUCGUGAGAACAAUGAGAGAUCAGAGAGCCAUGAUGAUUCAGACACCUGGCCAGUUCAAGUUUGUGUGCGAGGCCAUACUGAAGGUUUACGAGGAGGGACCGGUGAGACCGCUCAAGUCUACGCUGUACGAAUGUGAUGCCAGCUUUUCCUAAAAAUUAUCCUGAAGUUCACUGACGAGACCUUCUCCAUCCCAAGACAUCCCAGAGCACUGGAGAAGUUUCUCGAGUUGAGAACACGGGACAUAAACCAAGCACUGCUGCACUUUAGGCUGGUUAAAAAGACAUUAUGCCAAGAUUUAAUAAGAAAAAAAGGACAAAAAAAUCUAACAAAGGUGAAGUUGGUACUUGUUGGGACUUUGAGUGUUCAGGGUUUUGACAAAUAUAUAUGUUAACAAUGAAUAUAGUGGAGAUAUAUGGUGCCAUAUGUAAGUGUGUAAGGGCAGGCCCGUGAAUGAAUGAGUUUUUAUAUGUGGUCACCUCCAUUAUUUCAGAAGCAAGACCAACACAAGACAAUUCACAUCCAGGCCUGUGCUGCAGAUGAACAGUUGUUUUUUAUUUGGGAUAUUUAUUGUUUUAAUCUUAAUGUUGAGCCCUGCCCAUUGAUCAAGACUAACUACUUACAAAUCAAGAUCUGCAUUUCUUGCAACAAUGAUAAUGGAUCAUGUUUAAAGCUUGCUUUGUUCUCUUUUUAUAGCAGUGAGUGAAAUUAACUUUUAUUUAUUGUGCUAACUCAUCACUAAGCUAAAAUCAAUGCUGUCAACAGGGAUUUAAAAGCACUUUGUGUGUUUUCAAAGUGCUCUGUGGCUGCAGUAUAUACAGUAGCAUUGAAUCCAGCCUGACUCUGUCAGAAUGCAAAAUAUUUACCUGGCGUUACAUAUCAGUUUGGUCUCAGAUGGUUAAGGAAUAGUUCAUUUACUCACAUUCUGACUUGCUAAAAUGGAAUACAAAUGUUAAAAAGAAUCACUAUUAAGGUAGCCCAAGUGAUUUAUUUAUUUUUUCUAUCAAAUCUUAUGAAGCCAUACGUUUCAUGUGAGGAACAGAUUGAAAUUUUUAAUUAUUACUGAAAAUGUUUCUCUCUGACAAAAGCUCUCAAAUCUCAUGUUUAUGUCAAGCUUUACAGCAAAUGUAUAUAUUUGGCAGACGCUUUUAUCCAAAGUGCUGUCCACUUUUUAUCCAUAAUUUGAACACAGAGUGGGUGUUUUUUUCCCACUGCUAGCUUUGCCUGGUUUUCUUCAGGAUAUGAGAAGCAAAAGCAUUCGAUGGUGUUUGUGUUAAAUUUGCCUUAAUGCAUCCUAACAAGCCAAUUUUGAAUAUAUAAAUGCUCAAAUGAGAUAUAAAAGCUUUCGUAGAGAAGACAAUUUUAGUGAAUUGUAAAUUUCAUUUUCUUCCAAGGCUAUCCAGUCAGUCGAGUGUGACAAGUGGGAUAUUUCCUUACACCCUACGGUAGCUUUCCUCCAUAGGCUAGAAACCCGAUGUGUCAAUCAUAGUGGCACUCUUGUGCACAUGCAGAACACCCCUACAUCUAACAUCCCAUUAACAAAUUGACUGCCCUUUGUGUAUGAGUGUGUGUUGGUUUAUUGCUGUAUGUUUCUCCUCUCUUUGUCUGUCAGUAUCUUUUAACAAUAUACUGUACUAUACUGAAAAUAGUUUAUACGCGAUAGCCAAAUUCACAUUCAGGUUUCACCUAGGCCUGGCUUAUUGUGUUUAUUCCUUUGAGCCCUACAUUUAUGACAGGACUUGUGUUUACAAGCCAUCAAAUCCAACACUGGGUUUAAAAACAAAAUAACAUUGCCCUCAUAUGUUUGCUGAGAUCUUAAACAUAACACUUUUGAUAUAAAAUUUGGACCUAUUCACAGGUCAUCUCUAGUUGAAUGGCGAGAUCAAUUAGUCCAGGCCUAUGCUCUUUGUAAGGUACUAUAUACUUUUACAGGCAAGCACCUGUCAUUUCUUUGUAGUCAUACUUGCUGGAGAAACUAGGUUUUAGGACCAAAUAAUUCCCUUUUAUGAUCAUUAUGCAACAUAUCAGUGAAAUAAUGGAUUUUACCAAAAGAUUAUAUUCAGAAACAAAUCAUGCAGUUUGGGAGAAACUAAGCCUUGUGGGAUAGAUAGCACUUUUACAACAUAGACAUACAAUUACAAAGUGGUGUUAACAUUUUCUUUGCUGCAAAUAAAAGGAAGGUCAAGUUGUUCCACUUGUCCAUUUUUAUGAAAAUAUUAUAAAGUGUAAAUACAAUGUUGUAUAUUAAAAAGAAAAUCUUUAAACUUAA